AGAAUGACGGCCAGAUUGACCUGAGCUAGUCCAUGCCUGUGUAUUAGGAGCUAAUUAGAGCUACUGGAACGUUUGUUUUUGUCAAGAAUUUUGUGUUUUAUUUUUGUCGUUAUAGUUUAAUUAUAUAACAGCAAUCACCAGCAUGUCUGCUCCUAAGAGGGGAGACUUGACUUCAAGCGAAAAGGAGCUGUUUGCCGCUAUUACUGCAGGAAAUGUUCAAGAAGCAUCAAGGCUUCUGGGCUGUAAGGAUGUACGAGUCAACUGUUUGGACGAGUACGGGAUGACCCCUCUCAUGCAUGCUGCUUACAAAGGAAAAGCAGACAUGUGCAAGUUGCUGCUGCAGCAUGGAGCGGAUGUGAAUUGUAAUGAACAUGAACAUGGAUACACAGCACUGAUGUUUGCCGGCCUGUCAGGGAAGACUGAUAUCACGUGGAUGAUGUUGGACGCGGGGGCGGAGACAGACGUCGUCAACUCUGUCGGAAGGACUGCGGCACAAAUGGCCGCCUUUGUUGGGCAGCAUGACUGUGUCACGGUGAUCAACAAUUUCUUUUCCCGUGCCAGACUGGAUUACUACACCAAGCCUCAGGGUUUGGAGAAGGAACCCAAACUGCCACCCAAACUGGCUGGACCCCUCCACAAGAUCAUCAUGAGCACCAACCUGAAUCCUGUCAAGAUGGUGAUGCUGGUGAAGGAGAACCCCCUGUUGGCAGAAGUGGAGGCGCUGGACAAAUGCCGUCGGGUGAUGGAGCUUAUCUGUGAGAAAUGCAUCAAGCAGCAGGACAUGAACGAGGUGCUGGCCAUGAAGAUGCACUACAUCAGCUGUGUGUUGGGGAAGUGCGCCUCCUUCCUCAAGGACCGUGAGGACAAGCUAGACGGCCUCAUCAAGAGUUUGCUGAAGGGCCGGGAUAGCGAUGGCUUCCCGAUGUAUCAGGAGAAGUUUAUCAGAGAGUGCAUUCGCAAGUUCCCUUACUGUGACGCCACUCUGCUGCAGCAGCUAGUGCGAAGCGUCGCUCCUGUGGAGAUUGGCAAUGACCCCACAGCUCUGUCGGUGCUGACUCAGGCCAUCACAGGUCAAGUCGGCUUCAUGGACGCCGAGUUUUGCACCUCCUGUGGAGAGAAAGGAGCUGAGAAGAGAUGUUCCAUCUGUAAAAUGGUGAUCUACUGCAACCAAACCUGCCAGAAGAUGCACUGGUUCACCCACAAGAAAGUUUGUAAGAACCUCCAAGAGCUGAGAGAGAAGCAAGAUACAGAAUCAGCCAAACUGCGGAUGCAGCAAAAUAAAGAGAGUAAAGAACAGGAGGCCACAGACUCCAUGCAGGAGCUCUCACUGGAGACCGGCAGGGAGACCACCUCCUCAGACACUGCAGCAGAAACCUCAAGCCCCACAUCCACCCCAGCUGCUGGCAACUGAGGAACAUCUGACAGUUGAGGUCAGCGACCACCUCCUCCACCUCCAGAAAAAUGCGGUAGAGUCAGAAAGCCAGACAAGGACUGGUCCAGCAGGCGACAACACCUCAUAGUUAUUAUGAACCUGAGACUGUCACGAAGGCAAGGUGGCACUGAACCAUCAGAGGAAGGUUUGUGUCACAGCGGUCAUCGUUUUGUCUUUGUUAAAUAUUAAUUCUUCAGAUGAUGUCAUGUGAAUGUGAAACCUGUGUAGUCUAGUGUGUUUCUGUGGAAGUUACUGGGAGGAAUUGUGGGAAAUAUGUGAAGAGCUAAUAGUUCACAUCAGUAAUGGAAUGUGAUUCUGCCUUAAGGAACUGUAGCAACUUGUGCAGGAAAGAAGUGACUAUUUAUUGACAGUACAUGUGAUUUGUUACUGGAACGCCUGCUGAUGGUACAGUGUGAGUGGGUAGCACGGCUGCACAAUACUGACCAAAAAUCUAUUCACCCUUUAUCUAUACUGCUUAUCAUAAUGACGGUUGUGGGGGGGCUGGAGCCAAUCCCAGCUGACAUUUGGUGAGAGGCGG